UGCCUUUACCCACCCAUCCCAUCAAGGUCCCAGAGCUGCUCCCGGGGGUCCUGGGUGACUUAGAGAGGCCCCUUCCUCUGACAUCACGGCUGGCGCCUGCUGGUGGGGGUGUGGGGUGGGCCAGUUACCCGCACAGCCACCGCAGAUCCAGCCAUAUGUGGCACCACCUGGCCUUUGCUCCCUCCCAGGUUCUACCCACCCCCUGCCAGUGUGGGGGCCCUAGGUUGCAAAGGCUCCACGCCCCUCUCUCCUCAAGGCAGGGCCGGGAUGGCUCUUCGUAAGCCUGAGCUGCACUUGGCUUCCCGAGCAGGCCCCUCCCGCCCCUGCCGUCAUUUCUGGCAGGCCCUCUGCGUGAGCUCACGCGUUACAUAAGGCAUGCAAGCUAUGUCUUGGGGGAAGGAGCUCCCCCUACAAAGGCCUCUAUGUCCCCUCACCCUCUCCAGCCUUGAGCCACCACAAGACAAGGGAGGCCUGGGCGUGAGAGGGGAGGCCUGGGCAUGAGAGGUGAGACCCGUGCCCAAUCCCCCUGCCACCCUGAGAACAAUGGUGUGUGCCAGAGAGAAGGGAUGGUGGCUCUUUGAAGAUAUUCCAGGAUUUAGCACCCAGGGAGUGGCAGUGGGCAGACCCAGCCCAGCAGCCUCCACGUGAAAAAGGAAAGGGUCCCCCGCCUGCUCAGGAGAACCUUAGUUGCUGUGGUGGGCAGUUGCCUGCCCCCCAAGAGCCACCCUCAGGCCCCCCCAGAACAGUCACUCUCCCCGGAUGAGGCUUCCCUUCUCGGGGCUGGGAAAUCACUGGCUCCCUCCUGUUCCGGGUGCUCUUGGACCAUCUGAGGGCUCCUGGGUCAUUCUUGGGCCCUGAACCCAAGAUAGUUCUGCCCAGGCUUGCGAGGCCGGGAGGAAGAAGCUGGGCAAGGCCCCCCGUCCCCCUGUGAAGCAUGGGGGAGAGGAGCCCCCAAAGAGGCUGAGAGCCAAGAUGAGGCAGUGUUUCUUGGAGGUGGCUGGGUGGGGAGCCCCUCACAGCCGCAGGGGUUCUUGGAGGACUCUGCCAUCUGGGGAGAGGGGCCCAGAGCCCCUGGGCCCCCUGCUGCCUGCCUGUGGCCUGGGACUUAGGGGGACCCAUGAGGACACUGGGACCAACAGAGGACGCAGCUGAAGGCAGGUGCAGACAGUGUGUGCCGGCAUCUCCGGGCCCAGAGGAGCAGGACAGCCACCUCCUGGCCUGGAGGAACAGGAGGGCGGGAGGCCUUUCUCAGGCAGCCGUCCCUUUCCUCCUCCAAAACCAGGGCAGGAAAAGAGUGUUCAGCCCAGGCCGAGAAAACCGCUCUGUGCCCUCCUGCCCCGCCAGAGGCCGCCUGGAGGCCCAGAGUUCCGGCCUGGACAAGGCCUAGGCUGAGCGGCUCACAGGCCACGGACGCUUCCCCUUUUCCUCUGAGGAAGGAAAAGGCCCUGCAGAGCAGCCCUCGGGCUAA